CUCUCUCUCUCUCUCUCUCUCUCUGUGCUAUUAAAAACAAAAAACCCAUCUUCCUCUUUUCCAUCCUCUGUCUAUUCCCAUUUCAGUGCUUGGAAUGGCUUCAUCCAGAAACACCACUAUUACUAAUAUUGGUAUUCUUUUUCUUUUCCUUUGUGCUUUCCUUGCCCAAGUUGCCCUCUGUUAUUCUGCUAAGGUCUAUGUGGUCUAUAUGGGAAGCAGAGAUGGUCAUGACCCAGAUGAGAUUUUGAUUCAGAACCACCAAUUCCUCACUGAUUUUCAUGGUGGAAGUGUUGAACAAGCCAGGGCAUCUCAUGUCUACAGUUACAGACAUGGUUUCAGAGGCUUUGCAGCCAGGUUGACAGAGGACCAAGCUUCUGAAAUUGCCAAGAUGCCUGGAGUGGUGUCGGUGUUUCCAAACAACCGCAGGAGGCUUCACACGACUCAUUCAUGGGAUUUCAUGGGUCUUUUGGGAGAAGAAACCAUGGAAAUCCCUGGGUAUUCCACCAAGAACCAAGUUAAUGUCGUUAUCGGCUUCAUUGAUACCGGAAUUUGGCCUGAAUCCCCAAGUUUCAGUGAUGCUCACAUGCCUCCAGUGCCGGCUAAAUGGAAAGGGAAAUGCGAAUCAGGAGAAGGAUUCAAUGCUUCAACUUGCAACAGGAAAAUAAUAGGAGCAAGAUUUUAUUUGAGUGGGUAUGAGGCUGAAGAAGAUCCGAUCAAGACAAUGUCAUUCAGGUCCCCGAGGGACAGCUCUGGUCACGGUAGCCACACAGCAUCCAUAGCUGCCGGCCGCUUCGUGACAAACAUGAACUAUAAUGGUUUGGCAGCCGGUGGAGCUAGAGGAGGUGCACCAAUGGCCAGAAUUGCAGUGUACAAGACAUGUUGGGACUCUGGCUGCUACGAUGUUGAUUUAUUGGCUGCAUUCGAUGAUGCUAUCAGAGAUGGGAUUCAUAUUUUGUCUCUGUCUCUGGGUCCUGACUCUCCUCAGGGAGAUUAUUUCAGCGAUGCCAUAUCAGUGGGGUCGUUCCAUGCUGCUAGCCAUGGAAUUGUGGUGGUUUCCUCAGUUGGAAAUGAGGGAAACCAGGGUUCUGCAACAAACCUUGCUCCGUGGAUGAUCACUGUUGGUGCUAGCUCAACAGACCGUGACUUUGCAUCCAAUAUCAUGCUUGGAGACGCCAUCAACAUCACGGGUGAAAGUCUCAGUCUACUUCAAAUGAGCACCUCCACAAGGAUCAUCUCUGCUUCGGAAGCCUAUGCUGGGUACUUCACUCCUUAUCAAUCCAGUUACUGUUUGGAGAGUUCAUUGAAUAGUACUAAGGCCAGAGGGAAGGUUCUAGUAUGCCAACACGCUGAAAGUUCAACCGAGUCUAAGCUGGCAAAAAGCAAAGCAGUUGAAGCAGCCGGUGGAGUGGGGAUGAUUCUUGUAGAUGAAACAGAUAAAGAUGUCGCUAUUCCCUUUGUAAUCCCGGCAGCUAUUGUUGGAAAAAAAAAAGGAAACAAGAUCCUGACUUACAUUAAGCAUACACGCAAGCCAAUGGCUAGGAUUUUCUCUGCGAAGACCGUCUUAGGAUCUCAACCUGCUCCUCAAAUUGCAGCAUUUUCUUCAAAAGGCCCAAAUGCGUUAACCCCAGAAAUUCUGAAGCCCGAUGUCGUAGCUCCUGGAUUAAAUAUCCUAGCAGCCUGGUCGCCAGCAAUUGGAAAAUUGCAGUCUAACAUUCAGUCUGGCACGUCCAUGGCUUGCCCACACAUAACAGGAAUUGCAGCCUUGAUCAAAGCUGUGCAUCCUUUGUGGUCUCCAUCUGCUAUCAAAUCUGCAAUCAUGACAACUGCUACCGCCUUAGACAAGCAUCACAGACCGAUCACAGUCGACCCUGAAGGAAGGCGGGGAAACGCGUUUGACUAUGGUGCUGGCUUUGUGAACCCAACUAGAGUCUUAAAUCCCGGGCUUAUCUAUGACACACAGCCAACAGAUUAUAAAGCUUUUCUCUGUUCAAUUGGUUACAAUGAGAGAAUGCUGCAUCUGAUAACAAGAGACAACAGCACAUGUAAUCAAACAUUUGCAACACCAAAUGGCCUCAAUUAUCCAUCUAUCACAGUACCCAAUCUUAAGGACAAUUUCUCAGUAACGCGAACUGUGACAAAUGUUGGGGACCGAAAAAGCGUUUAUAGAGCUCUAGUCUUGUCUCCAAUGGGAAUCAAUGUGACAGUUGUGCCAAGGUUGUUAGUCUUCAACAGGUACGGUCAGAAGAUCAGUUUCACUGUGAAUUUCAAGGCGGAAGCUCCAUCAGAGGCCUAUGCAUUUGGGUUCUUGACAUGGAGAAGCAGAAAAUCACGGGUAACCACGCCGCUGGUGGUCCGUCACACACGUUCCAAGUUGGGAUUACUCAGAUGACAGGGCUGAAAUUGAAGAAAUUGUUAUAGGAACUUUGAAGAUCAAAUAUCAAUUGUCAAUCACAGUUUAGUUAUUUUCUUUGAAAUUUCUAUCAUAUGUUUAAAAGAAACCAACAUACAAGCAAUAUAAAUUCAAAUUGAUUAAUUUUUUCUCGUCAUAUAUUGUGAUUGCUGAA